CAUCCAUCCACACUCACGAUUUCACGACCCCGUAUUAUACCCCCGCGCUGGACCGCCGAGCUACUUGAGCGUUCGCCCUGCCUCCCUGCAUUGCCCGGCUUUGGAACGGCCGGCGCUGCGCCAACUCAUCGACGCCGCCAUACACUCCAACACUACCCAUUGAACUUAGCCGAGUCCAGACGCAAUGGCAUCCAUGGAGCGCGAACACUCUCAGGACCGGGAGCUCGUCCGACACCACGGCUCGUCUUUCUCCUCGAUAGACAGGGCCAUUCCCAUGUGGGAUAGUGCGGACCCAGACCGAGCACCGCCACCACUGCCACUGAACCCCGGCUCGCCUACACUUACCACUCGUCCCAACACAUCGGCCGCGAUAAUGCGCGCAGCUAAGGCACUGGAAGAGAAGGCCCGGGAGAGCUUGCCCACAAGCUCAUACACAACCAACCCGAUGCCGUCGAGGUCGCCCGAGCGCUCUCUGAUCAAGGGCAACCAGCACAAGCGCAUGCAGUCGUUACAGCCCAGCAGCGUCCGCGAUCUACGAAGCUAUCUCGAUACACACAAGUCGCCUGAGCGAUCGCCAGACCGCCCGCAGACACGCGACGGCUCGCAUGCACGCGACGCCGAGAAGGACUACUUCGGCAAGGACGGGGAUGCAAGAUUCGGACAGUUCGGUACCCCGUCGCCAUGCUCGGCCUACGACCUAACACACACGCCCACCACUCGACCCAGCCAUAGAGCGAUUCUCGGGGAGAACACACCACCGUCUGCCACCAUGAAGGCUCUGCAGACCAUGACCAUCCCUCCGCACAUUCUUGACCCUCCUCUCCAGAACAUCACCAACUCGUCCACUCCCACCCCCGCGCCAGGGCAGCCCCUCGACACUAUUUCUACACAACUGCUCAGCAUCACAAACAUCGUGUCAAGCCUGCAGAAGGAUAUGUCUCAGCUGAGUCGCCGCAGCAAAGACAACGCCACAGACCUCAUUAGUCUCAAGGAAGCGACCAACAGCCGAGACGAGGACAUCCGCAGGUCGCUGAAGGAUCUGUUGAGCACUAUGACGGAGAAGCAGAAGGCUGCGGCUGCGGCUGCGGCUGCGGCUGCGGCUGCGGUGGACGAGGCACGGUCUGCGCCUCUGAAUCUCCACGACCCCCACAUGACGCCGACCAAGCAGUUCACAUUCCCCCGCAUGUCUUCGCCGAGCGGCUGGGCAGACGAGCGGAUGGGCAGCCCCAACCCGUACUCUGUUGAGGGUGCAGCCAGUGUCGCCAUGCUCGAGAAGAUUAUCCGCGAGAUGGUCACCAAGGACGGCCAGGAGCGCUUGAUUGCAAGCCUCCAGGUCAUCGUCGACAAGGCCAACGGCGACACCGCGAAGAAGGUCUCUGAGCUUGUCGAGUUCGUCAAGUCAGGAUCGGCCGCCACCAAUCUCGUUCCACCAGGCUCAGCUGCCUUCCAGCCGUCUCCCGGAUCUGGUGCGCUCACACGCACGCUCUCAGAAGGCUACUCCCAGAACUUCAACAGUCCUAACGACGCAGCCGGCUUUGUCAGCGAAGAGAUGCUCAAGUAUCUUCGCAAGAUCAAAGACACCGCCGCUGAAUCUGGCUGCGUGACGAUGGCCACCAAGACACUUGUCCAGGAGCUGCGGGGUGAGGUUCUUGGGAUGGGUCGAGAGCUAGCGCGCAAGAUCGAGGAGGCAGAACAGGCCAAGGCAGAUCAGCCACAUGCCGACCCCGAGCAGACCACGCAAGAGAUUAGCGCCAUCAUCCAAGAAGGCCUCGAUGAUCUCAAGGAGCACAUGGACAAGGUGAUGCGUGAACGAAGGCGGCAAUCAAUGUCUUCGGUGGUCACUCGCGGCACUGUCGAUAACAACGAAGUGUACGACGUCGUCAAGCACGCACUGGCGGAGCGCGGCCUCGAUCAGUACUCUGCUGCGCAGGGCGCACCUCUCGACAAGGAAGCCAUCGUGGCUGCGAUUCGCGAAGCUUACGACAGCGUCGAGAUGAAGCCCAACGUCGAGAUUCAGCAGUUCGGUUUAGAGCGCGACGAGAUUCUACAGUGCCUUCGCGAAGGACUGCAGGAUUACAACGGAUCCGGUGCUGUAUCGAGAGAAGAGAUUGGAGAGAUUGUCCAAGAGUCGCUGCAGCAACUGCGCCUACCCCCGCCAGUCAACGAAGCGAACGAGAUCCGCGAGGAAAUCCUCAUGGCUGUCCGUGAUUCGCUCGAGGAGCUCAAGCCGUCUCUCGUCCCUCAGCAGCCUCACACUGACGGUCUUACUCGUGACGUACUGCUGGACGCCAUCAAGGAAGCCCUUUCCACACAUGAGUUUGGACCUCAGGAGGUCGAGAUCCCUCAGGAGGCUUUGUUCGACGCUGUCAAGGCCGGCCUGGAAGCAUCCCAACCUGAGGUCGAUGCCAAUAACGAAGUGGUCGUGCAGCGCAUCCAGGCUCUCGUCGACAGCAUGCACUCCGAGUUCAAGGCAUACUCCGCAGCCAACGGACGCGACACCGAGCAGGUUCUCGAUGCAUUACGCGAUGGUCUAGCCAGGCUCGGAGCCGACCUACAGGGUCAUUUCGACAAGGCUCCUGAUGCUUCUCAGCAGGAUGCUAUCGUAGACAGCUUCCGUGUAGAGCUCGAUAAGCUGCGCGAGGACGUUCAAGGAUACGUUGCUGAAGGACCUCGCGGAGACCAAGAGUGGAGCCGUGGGGACAUGGUCACCUUUAUCAAGACCGAGCUUGAGAACCUCCAUGAAGGCUUGAGCGCAAAACUUGCCCCUGCUACUGGCGACAAGGAAGAGCUGCUCGCAGCGCUGAAGGCUGGAUUCGAUGAGAUGAACUCACAGGUUGCUUUGCGCAGCGAAGAUGCCGAUUCUAACGAAGAUAUCAACGAAGCCUUGAAGCAUGAAUUCGACCAACUCAAAGAAGUCAUCCUCGGCGACACUGCAGGUCACAAGAAUGAUAUCCUCGAGAAUCUGGAAGCCGGAUUCGACGGCCUGCAGGUUAGUCUACGCGAAGCUACCGCAACAUCGACGCCCAAUGACGAUCUCCUUGCUGUAAUGAAGGAGGAGUUCGAGCGCUUGCGCGAGACCAUUGCUGGUUCGCUCACGAAGUCAGGGGGCGCAGACAAGGACGACAUUAUUGAUGCCAUCCGGGAGCUCCUUGAUGGUCUACGCGCAGCUCAUGACACAACUUCCAAGGAGAGCGUCACCGUCCUUCAAGCCGAUCUCGAAGCACUGAAGGAGUCGCUCGGUGGCGCACUUGUCCCCGCUGGUGAUAACGACAAGGCAGAGAUGCUGGAUGCCAUCAAGGCCAGCCUCGAGGAGAUCAAGACAUCGUCUGGAUCUGCAGGUGUUAACGAGGAACUCCUAGAGGCUUUCCGUGGAGAGCUUGAGCAGAUCCGCCAGUCAGACGGCCUCACUCGACAGCACGGUCGUGCGGAUACUGAGGAGGUUCUGGAGGCAGUACGUCUUGGGCUCGAUGACCUCCGAUCGCACCUAGAGAAGAAGCUUGAUGGGCCUCGCGAUGGCUCCUCAUCCGGCGAGAUCGUCGAUGCCCUCCAUGACGGGCUCGAGGGGCUGCGUGCGGACGUCGCUACGCUGUCCAGCAAGUCUGUCGACAUGACUGUGUCUUACGAGAUCCUCGACACGCUCAAGGAAGGUAUCGCUGCUCUACGCGAGGACGUUGCUCUUCUCAAGGGAAAGGCCCCAGCUUCGGCGCCGGCGCCAGAGGUCGAGGUCGAAGUCGAGGUUGAUGCUGUCCCUACUGGAAACGAGAUGGUGCUUGCCGAAGCCCCUAGCGAUGGACCGGCUGGAGACCGCGGAAUUGUCGACGAGCCAGCUGCUGCAGAGACAACCGAGACAACCGAGACAACCGAAAAGGUUGAGGAAACAACAAGCCGCGAGAUUGUUCCCGACUCUACCCAGCGCAACGACGUCGACAAGAUGGAGUUCAUCCUAUCUCAGAUCCAUGCAAAGGUGGAGGCUAUGGACGCUAACAUCCAAAACCCUGCUCCAGCCGCCGAAGCCGCUGUCGCGCCUGGUACCGCCAUGAAGGAUGACCUUGUCUCCAUCGAAGACAUGCUAAAGGAAGUUCAAGCGGCGGUACUCGUUUUGCAAGAGCGUGACACCCCUCCCCCCGCUCCUCUGGAGGGCUUUGCCAAGAAGGAAGACACAGAUGCCAUCGAGACACUCGUCGCCAACACCAAAGCCAAGAUCGAGGAGCUGGUCUUCCCCGACCCUGCCACUGCUGUGACAAAGGAGAACCUGGAAGAUGUCGAGCUUGUUGUGCGCACCACAUCGGAAGCUCUUGACGCUCUCGCCAAGAAGAUCGAGGAGGAGGGGGCGACCAAGGCCGAUGUAACGGUCGUGCAAGUCAUUGCAGAUGACAUCAAGACAUGCCUUGACGAGAUGAAAGCAGCGAAGCCCGAGGACCCGAAUGCAACCAAGGGCGAUGUCGAUGCAGUUUCCCUUCUCGUUGAUGAUCUCAAGGCUAAGCUCGAUGACAUGAAGAUCCCCGAUCCCGACGAGAUCCCGUCCAAGGCCGACAUUGAGCAGCUGACCGGCCUCAUCCACGAGUUCCGCGACAGCCACGAGAAGAUGAAGGACACCUAUGAAGAGGACAUCCUCAAGACCGCGAAUAACUUCGACGAUCGCCGCAAGGAAGCCGAAGGCCUUGUUGAGAACAUCACCGAAGUAAAGACUGCUCUGGAUACCAUGAAGGAGGAAAUCUUGACCAACUUCAACGAAGGUGGAUCCGUCGAAGGCUUGAAGACGUCCCUCACCACCCUUCAGGAAACCAUUGGCGCAAACAACGUUACCGCUGACGUCAAGGAGUUGAUGGAGACUUUGACCCGCGAGUUCGAGCGUGCCCACGGUUCCAUUGAGGGUCUCCAGAACGAUCAUGCCGAGAAGUCCGCCCUUCACCUCGAGAAGCACGAUGAAGUCAAGGGUGCCAUCGUGGCUGACUUCACCGAGAAGCUGGAGGAGAAGUUCAAUGUCUUGAUGGCCAAGUACGAUGAUGCCCAGCUUCUCGCCGACGAACAGGCUCGAGUGAUGAAGGAGAAGGCCGAAGAACAGGAGAAGAUCCUCGAGACCACAAAGACUAUGGCUGACGAACUGCGCUUGACCAUUGACACGCUUGGUGCCACUAUUGCCGGCAUGAACGAGCGUUUCGAGGAGCACCAGACAAAGAUGGGUGCCGACUCAGCCACUGCCUUCGAGAAGCUAGAUGACUCGCUGGAAAGAAUCGACGGCGCUGUUGCCAAGAUCGAGGAGCAAAAGCUUGAGGACAAGUCCGAACACUCUCACACCCGUGAUGAGUUGAAGAACAUCGAGAACAUCUUCACCGGCCUUCAGGACGAGAUCACCGAGCACAAUCCCAAGUUCAUGAUGGCGCUACGCGAAAUUGAGGCCCUCGUCAAGGCGCACUACGACCACGCUCAGAAGUCAAAGGAAGAGGCGGACGAGCACACUCGUGCUAUGCACGAUGAAGCUAAGGCUCGAUCUGAAGAGAUCCAGAAUCACUUUGCCAACCUGCCAAAGCUUCUGCCUGCUCCCGUCCCCGAGCCUGAGAAGUAUGACGACGCUCCUGUACAGGAGAAGCUCGACAAGUUGCUUGCCAUUGAGCCUUCUGCGACAUACGACGAUGCCGCUAUCCAAGAGAAGUUGGACAAGCUCCUCGGCCACGCAGAUGAUGCGACCAAGGCAGCCGGUCAACUUGAGCGUCUUGAUGAGAUCCACGCUCAGGUCAAGUUGACAGCUGUCGAAGUCGGCGACUUCGUUGCCAAGCAGACUCAGCUCACCCUCGAGGGUAACGAGUCGAAGGAGCGUGAAGCGGAAGAGCUUGCCCUUCUUGUCGAGCGACGUUCUGCUCAGAAGGAACAGCUCGAGGCCGAACUCGAGGACCUUAAGAUCGAGAAGGGUGCUUACAAAGAGCAACUUCAUGCCGAACUCGAUGACUUGAAGGCAGAGAAGGACCACGUUCUGCAAGAGCUGAAGGAGGAGAAGGCACGUGUCAUGGCUGAGCUGAAAGAAGAGAAGGACCGUACCAUGCAGGAGCUCAAGGAGGAGAAGGACUCUCUGCUUGCCAUUGUCGCUUCACUACAAGCAGAGCGUGAGAACCUUGCGAACCAGAAGGUUCGCCUUACUGGUGAGGUCUCGUCACUGCACACCGCCCUUGACAUCCGUCGCGAAGAGCUACACAUGAUGGACGCCAAGGCAGAUGCCCUCGAGCGUCGCAUCUUGAACGGCAUCAUGGACCACUCCCGCGCCCUGAUGAUCGCCAAAGGUUCAAAGAGCCCUAGCAAGCUCAAGAAACGUAUGAGCGUCGAUGAUGGAGCUGACCGUUCACUGCCUCCAAAUGCAGCUGCCAACGCCAUCAACAUGGCUCUCAAGCCUCGUCCUGCCAUUCGUCGCAGUGCACCCAACAGCUCUGCAGACCGCCGCAUCUUCUCUCUGAGCCAGAUCAGCGGCAACGCUCCUCCUGCAGCAAAGACUCACCUAGCACCCACCGCGGCAAACAACAGCAGUGGUCUCAAGCGCGCUCACUCUGUCAAGACCAACCCUCGCAAGUCAUCCUGGAAUGGCCGCCCUAGCGCUGUGGUCGCCAACAAAGAGAACGCGCCGCUCAUCGAAGAGGCCGAGCCGGAAACAGAGAUUCAGGCACCGGCAUCAGUCGCCCCUUCCACCAUUGCCGAAGACGUGCAGAGCGAGACGGGCACUGAGCGUCGCUACAGCGUCGCCAGCGAGUCCAACUACGCUGAGAGUUACGCCGAGGGUGAGACACCUGGUGAUGACGGUCGCUCAAACUGCGGCAGCGAGUACACCUAUGGCUCAGGAUCGUACAUGACCGGCAGCGACAUCGACCGCCGCACAUCGUACGGUUCGACUGUUGCCCGCUCUGCUGCUCCCGCCGAGAGCGCCGUCGACGGAGCUUCCGAGUCCGAGUCUGAGUUCGAAGAGGAAGAUGACGACCAGACAGCCAGGCUCGACGCCUCGGAGGUCUCUGGCGUCACCGGAUCCGAGGUUUCUGAUAUCACGGCCUCUGAAGUCUCGGACAUGCCUAUGCCCACCGAGUCAGCUAUCGAUCGUGCGGUAGCUGCCGUGGCGGAGGAGAUGAAGGUCGACCCUAAGAGCUUUGCUCCGACUGACUCUGGACUUGGUAGCGAGCUGCCUACUGCUGCGUUGGAUAACGGCACGCUGGUUGAUGCGGAUUACUUCCGGCGCGCGGCUGAGGAGGAGAGCGUGGUGGGGAGCACAGUUGGUUGAAUAAGAUCAUUGUUUGGGAAGGGGAGGAUUUUCAUCACAGCCGGACAGCUUCGCACACUUACUGCUCGUUUUAUUCCGAUGAACCCAAAAGCCUCGACUCGCUUUCGAAGGGGGAAGACAUCACUCGCUACUUGGUUUGAGAUUUGAAUUUGCCGCGAGAGCUUGAGUUGGUUUCUGGAUACAAAGGUGACGAGUAUCGGAUGGUCGCUGCUGCUGGGAUUGAAACGGAAGUGUGUCGGAUAUGGAGACGUUGGACGUUCAUUGUUCUUGUACGUAUGUAUUGGUUUCGCUUGUCAAGGCGUAGAGGCUUGGGCCAUUUCGGAGUAUCUGGGAUGAUGGGUUCGGGGGAGUUGAAGUUGGAGUUAGUCUUUCGUCAAGCGUAAUG